UUGUCUACACAAUGCUGUCACACUGGUACAAGGAGGACACUGGAGCAGUGUGUGUGUUUCUGAGAGCUGUGCAGCUUUUCCCAGUCGAUAAACACCUUACAAAAAUACAUCGGCAUUAGGAUGUUAGCUCCAGUAGUUUUGGUGAUUUGUGUGUUCUCUCUGGCCUUGGGAAAACCAGCGGGUCUAUCUGGGAAGGUCUUGCUGUUCCCGUAUGAGACGGAUUUUAGCUUCGUGAAGCUCUCGCCACAGAAGCCCCUGGGGCUGUCUGCGUUUACACUGUGUUUCCGAGUGGCCACUGAGCUUCAGGGCGAGCGGCAGAUCAUCCUGUUCGCUUACCGCACGCCCAACUACGACGAGCUCAACGUGUGGCGAGAGAAGGACGGCCGCGUCUCCUUCUACCUGAGCGGCGACGGGGCGUUCUUCCACCUGCCGCCACUCUCCACCUUCCGCACACACCUGUGCCUCACCUGGGCCUCCAGCUCCGGCCUCGCCGCCUUCUGGGUGGAUGGCAGACGCAGCGCGCUCCAGGUCUACAAACCGGGACACUCCAUCCGCCCGAGCGGGACCGCCCUGCUCGGCCAGGACCCUGACAAGCACCUAGGUGACUUUGAGGCAACACAGAGUUUCGCGGGUGAGAUUACGGAUGUGAACAUGUGGGAUUAUGUGCUGUCCGGAGCCCAGAUUAAAUCUCUGUACUUUAACCAGAAGCAGCGUGUGCCGCGAGGAAACGUCUUCGACUGGAACUCCAUUGAGUAUGAGAUCCAAGGCAACGUGAUGGUGGUGCAGGAUGAAUGACAUUGAUACCCUUACACUCACACACACUCUCACACACAUCUUCGUAUGGGACUGUAGUUCUAGCGGUUUGUCUUUCGAGUGCCAACAUUAAUUGCGGUUGUGUAACGUACUAAUGAUACUGACACAAACACACACAGCGCCCCAGUUUGCACGAUGUAAAUGAUGCAGCACAACUAAUGGCCACAAGAUGCCGCUAGUGCAUCUAAAAUAGCUCCCUAGUACUGACAAAGUACCCCACGCUCGACCGUUUCUAGAUUUCACUUCACUUAUUGUUCCUUGUUGUUCCUUGAUUUUCGCCACACAACGCUCCCUUGCAGUUUAAGCGUAUCUGAUUAAUUAUUUACAACUCUAACUGGGAUAUUCUACUGCAUUGGUGGUAAGUGCUCCCUCUGUUCACAUAUAUUUUGGUGAACAGGAAACAGGAUUCCUCUGCAUCCAGAACACCCGAUGCGAAUGUUUAAGUGCCGAAGGUCGUUUUGAAAUAACGAGUCGCAGCUCCACACCAGGAAUAUUGCAAUCUGCACACGGAGCGAUGAGAAUCGCAGACCUGUGCGCUCGUAUCCAGGCCUGGGACGGGGUCCAUUCCCGUGGACUGUGCGCUACGCAUGUUGGACUGGGAUUACCGCUCUCACUCAGUGAUUAAUAUCUCUGUUGUACACUGAAAUAGAAGUAAUAAAUAAAAGUAUGUUGAAUUAAUAGGA